AGCUCCCUGGCCCUUCUCCCCACUGUGGCAUUUCAGCUGUGAGCUUGACAGUCUGGGUCGCCUGGGUUGUGCUGAGCAGUCCUCCAUCCCCAACACAGCAAAAUCCUCUCUUUCUCUCUUUUUUUUUUUUCUUUUUUUCCUUUUUUUAACUGGGAGAGAACUUGCCAUGGGUCCCCUACUGCCUUGCCUGUCCUGGCUGUGAGCAUCAUCUCCUUCCUAAAGAUGGAUGGACAGCUUCCCUCAGCUCAAGAAGUGACAACCCUGGGCUCUUGUGGUUGAGGAACAUCUGUGAGCGCCACACUCUUGCAGAUCUUUGGCUUUGCUGUUUAUGAUGAAAGCCUUACAUGGAAGACAAACCCCCAAAAAUGAGCCUGAUGGAUAUCACUAAAAUGUUCUCCAUGCUCCAGCCCAGAGAAGAUGAAGAAGACAAUGGAGAAAGCCAGGAGCUGAACCGAGCCGUGUCUGAGGAUGAUUACCAAACCCUAGAUAACCUCUUGUCUCAAGACAGGUACAAGAGGUUCAUCAACCACAGAAGUGGCUGGGGUGUACCCAGCACCCCGCUGCGCCUGGCCGCCACCAAGGGCCACAUCAGGAGCCUGAAGGUCCUCCUGGCCCACGGGGCAGAGGUGGACAGCCUGGACGUGAAGGCUCAAACCCCACUCUUCAUGGCAGUCAGCAACGGCCACCAGGAAUGCGUGAAGGUCCUCCUGGAGGCAGGGGCCAGUCCUGCUGGCAGCAUCUACAACAACUGCUCACCGCUGCUGAUCGCCGCCAGGGACGGGGACGUGGCCAUCCUGCACCAGCUCCUGGAUCACGGUGCUGAGACCAACGUGCAGGCCCGGCUGCCCGAGUGGGCUGCCAACUCUGCAGCCUGCUCUGGGCCCCUCUACCUCGCUGCUGUCUACGGGCACCUGGAGUGCUUCAGGCUGCUGCUGCUGUACGGUGCUGAUCCCGACUACAACUGCACCGAGGAGAGGGUGAUCGCCCAGAUCAAGGAGCCCAAGACUCUGCUGGAAACCUGCCUGAGGCACGGCUGCAGGACCCAGUUCAUCAAGCUGCUCAUCGACUUCGGAGCCAACGUGCACUUGCCCAAUAUCAGGGUGGAUGAGAUGGCUCCUAGCAAGGGCCUGGAGCUGCUGCUGCAGGCAAGAGCUCAUCCCAAGUCCUUGAUGUCUCAGUCCCGGCUGGUGAUGAGGCGUCUCCUGAAGCAGGCUGGCCACCCGCAUGCCCUCGCUGAGCUGGAGAUCCCAACUAUCCUGGAAAACUACCUCAGACACCAGCCCUGAGGGACACUUGCUCCAUACAUAUGUACAUCCCCGAAUUAAAACCUGCUUGGACUCCUGCAGCAUGUGAAACCACCGUGAAUUUGUGGUCACAAAGUCAUUUUUGCUUUUGAGGUGUCUCCCAAAAGCAGUGCCCAUGCCAAAAGGUGGUCAGGAGCUCCUGAGCCAGAGGACACAUCAGCGAAAAGCCAGGCAGGGCUGGGGUCAGUGCCCAGAGUCCCCAAGUUUCAUCUCCUCACCCCAACUCCUCUCUUUAAACACCAUCUUACCUCCAGUGUGGUUUGUGUUAUGGCCCAGGGGUUUCUGCUGAGUGGGGAGGUUGGCUUUUUGUUUUUUUUUUUAAAACAACCAUGUUGCUACUCUUAUUAUUAAACUAUCACGUCCUGCUU